AUGCACCACCUCCCAGAUUUAGCUCAAUUUAAGAAAUUACUUGAUAAAUUUGAUACUUUCUUAUUCGAUUGCGAUGGUGUCCUUUGGAGGGGGAAUGAACUUAUCCCAGGAAGUAAAGAAUUCGUUGAUAAGAUUAGAAAAGCCGGAAAGGAUGUCAUCUUUGUUACAAAUAACGCUUCAAACAGUCGUAAUCAAUAUAAGCAAAAAUUUGAUCAACUUGGUUUUAAAGUUGAUGUUGAUGAGAUAUUUAGCAGUGCAUACGCAUCUGCUGUCUAUCUCAAAUACAAUCUAAAGUUCCCUUCCGAUAAGAAGGUUUUCGUCGUUGGUAUGUCUGGAUUAGAGGAGGAAUUAGAUAGCGAAGGUAUAAAGCGUAUUGGUGGCACUGAUCCAGCCUACAAUAAACUCGCGCCUCAUGUCAACUUUAAAGAGAUUAAACAGAACCUCGAUAAGGAUGUUGGUGCUGUUAUCGCUGGUUUUGAUAUCAUGCUCAACUAUACAAAGUUAUCUUACGCGCACUCAUACCUCACCAGCCCAGAGCAUGAUGUUAAGUUUAUCUUCACUAAUGAUGAUUCCACGUUCCCUCAAGCGUGUGGAGUGUUCCCUGGUAGCGGUGCAAUGAGCUCACCUUUGGCAGUGUCUUCUAAGCGCACUCCAAUCGUCGUUGGUAAACCUAAUGCACCAAUGCUUGAGUGUAUUCUCAAGAAGAAGCAACUUAAACCAGAGCGAACACUGAUGAUUGGUGAUAGAUUGAAUACUGAUAUUGCUUUUGGGCAGCAUGGUAACGUCAAGACAAUGUUAGUACUCUCUGGGGUUUGCAAGAAAGAAGAUAUAAUUGGUGAGGGUAUAUACCCAGAUUACAUAGCACAUUCACUUGGACAUAUACAUUAA